AACGCGAAGUGACAAUCCCUUAUCCUACACCCACUCAUUUAUCUUCCAUUUUUGCCUUAACCUAUAUUCCUCUCCCCUCCGUGCAUUUGCUCUCUCCACACCUCCUUCAAGCGUUUUUAACUAUCUAAAGCACAAAAAAAGAAGCUUUCGCCGAUCAUCCAUGGCCGACCGCACCGACUCCGAUUCCCGCCGCCACAACCACCACCACCUCUCCGUCACGCCGCCGCCCCAGCAGAUCUCCAAAGAUGUUCAAGGGUCUGACAAUGCUAUUCCAAUUUUACUUCAAGGGACUGACAAUGUUAUUCCACUUUCACCACAGUGGCUUCUUCCAAAGCCAGGGGAGAGUAAGCCUGGAAUAGGAAAUGUGGAAAACCAUUUCAGCCCCCAUCCAGCUUAUGGCAAUCGCUCAGAUAUCAUGAAGUCAUCAGGAAAUGGUGAGGACAUGCAUGAAACCCAUAAGAAAAAGGAUGUUUUCAGGCCAUCUUUGCUUGAUAUGGAAAGUGGUCGCCGCGAUCGUUGGCGUGAUGAAGAAAGAGACACUAAUUCCUCCAUCCGCAAAGAUCGUUGGAGGGAUGGAGACAAAGACCUUGGUGACAUUCGUAGGGCAGAUCGUUGGAUGGAAAAUUUGUCUACAAGACACCCUGGAGAAGCACGUCGUGUUCCAUCUGACCGGUGGUCUGACUCGAGUAACAGGGAUGCCAAUCACGAUCAACGACGUGAGAGCAAAUGGAACACGCGUUGGGGGCCUGAUGAUAAGGAGACUGAAAGUUUGCGUGAGAAGUGGCUUGACUCUAGCAAAGAUGGUGAUGUGCAUGUUGAAAAGGGGUUGUCUCAUGCUGCCAAUCAUGGAAAGGAUGAGAGGGAGGGGGAUCAUUAUCGGCCAUGGAGAUCUAGUUCCUUACAAGGCCGAGGACGGGGGGAGCCUCCACAUCACCAAAGCCUAACGCCAAUCAAACAAGUUCCUACAUUUUCUCAUGGUCGUGGGCGUGGGGAAAGUACUCCCCCGACCUUUUCUCUAGGACGUGGACGAGGCAGCUAUGGUGGCAGCUCCAUAAACAUGCGUUCUCAACCUUUAGGAACUGGGGCAGACUCAGUUGAGAGUAGUCAUGGGGAGCCUUACCGCUUAAGGUAUAGUAGGACAAAGUUGCUUGAUGUAUACAGAAUGACUGAUAUGAGUUCAAAUCGAAAAUUAGUUGAUGGGAUUGCACAAGGGCCUUACCUUACGCAAGAUGGACCAUUAGAGCCCUUGGCAUUAUGUGCGCCAGAUUCUGAGGAAUUGGCUGUUUUAAAGGGAAUUGACAAAGGGGACGUUGUAAGUAGUGGUGCACCACAGAUAACUAAAGAUGGAAGGACAUCAACAGACUUUACACAGUCAAGACGGACCAAGCUUGCAGGAAGUAGGGAGGAUAUACCACUUGCUUCUGAUGAUUACAAAGAUGAAAGCACUGAAAAUUCAAGAGUUGGUUCUGCAGAAGGCUCCUCCUAUGAAAGGCACACGCACUAUCCUGGAAACAACUCAAAAAUGGAAACCCCAUGGGAUCAUAAGACAUUCUCUGAUAACAAGUUUAAAGCCGAAGGUUUUAGAGAAGAUAGUGAUGCCUAUAGGAAGGUCGAGGAUGUGCCCAUUUAUAGGGAAUCAAGUCUCCCAGGGAAUUCUUCUGUUCCUGCCACCACAUGGCGAGCCCCUCCACUGGGGGAACGCUCACAUAACACCUUGCAUGAUUGGAGAGAGAUUACAAAUGAUGGCAGGUCAAGGUCCUCUGAUAUGGGCUGGUCAGAUUCUUCCAAGGAACCAACUAAUGAUUGGGAAAGUAAUUUGGGUAACCCUUCUGAAACAAAAGACGAAACCAAGUGGCAAUCCCGUGAGGAUCCCAUUCUUAAGAGACAGCUAUCUGGAGUUAUGGACAAGGAACAUGAAGCCAGGAAAGCUGCUCAGUCUUCUCCAGAGGAGUUAGUGCUUUAUUAUAAAGAUCCACAGGGAAGAAUUCAAGGCCCUUUUAGUGGGAGUGAUAUUAUUUCAUGGUUCGAGAAUGGAUAUUUUGGCUUAGAUUUGCUAGUCAGCAUAAGCCCGAGUGAUUUGCCGUGGUUGUCACUUGGUGAUGUUAUGCCCCAUUUACGAGCUAAAGCUGGGCCACCACCUGGAUUUACUGCACCAAAACAGAACGAAUUUGCGGAUGCAUCUAGCAGGCCAAACUUCAGUACCUUUGGUAACCUUCACACUGGCAUAAAUGAAAUUGAUAUUAUGAGGAGCGAACCUAGGCAAAGGCAAGGGCAAGGGCAAGGUUCGACAACAGAAGCUGAGAAUAGAUUUCUGGAGUCACUGAUGUCUGGUAGUAUGAGCAGUUCACCACUGGAGAAGUUUGCCUUUUCUGAAGGUAUGCAAGGAUAUAGUGGGAAUAAUUCUAAUAGUAUGCCCCCUUCGGGAGUAGAUGGUGGAAACAACCUUUACUUGUUGGCAAAGAGAAUGGCUCUGGAACGGCAGAGGUCCUUAACAAAUCCUUAUCCAUAUUGGCCCGGAAGAGAUGCUGCAUCCUUGGUUUCAAAGACCGAUGUUGUCCCAGACUCCCCAACGCCACAUUCAAAGCUUCUAUCUUCCCUAAAUGACAAUCCUAUUCAGCCUCAUUCUCAAAAUGCUGACUUCUUGUCCCUUGUCCAAGGCUUAUCUGACCGGUCAUCUUCUGGUGGAAAUAAUGGUCUUGCUGGUUGGUCGAAUUUUCCUGUCCAAGGUGGAACAGAUCCACUUCAGAAUAAGAUUGACUUUCAUCAUGAUCAGAAUUUCCCUCCCCAAGCUUUUGGGAUCCAACAACAGAGGCUGCAACCACAAAACCAACCAUCUUUAACAAAUCCAGUUGCCCAAGCUAUAGAAAAUCCAUCUGGUAUUUUUACUCCAGAAAAGUUACUAUCAUCUGGCUUGUCACAAGAUCCACAAGUAUUAAAUAUGCUGCAACAACAGUACUUGUUGCAGUUACAUUCACAGGCACCAGUUCCAACACAGCAGAUGUUAUUGUUGGAUAAACUCUUAUUGCUUAAGCAGCAACAGAAACAGGAGGAGCAGCAACAGUUAUUACGGCAACAACAGCAAUUACUUUCUCAGGUUCUGUCAGAGCAUCAACCUCACCAGCAUUUUGGUGAGCCAUCUUUUGGACAGUUACAGGCAGCUGCAAUACCUACAGGGAAUGCAUCUGUUGAUCCUUCUCGGCUACAGCCAUCUCCAGAGAUGUUCCAGGUAGGGCCACGGAUGCCAAUUCCCAGUAUGCAAGAUGACCACAAUACUAACUUUGUGAAAUUGCCUCCACAAGUUAAUCAGGAUGUCAAUUAUAGUGCAAGUCCUGAAGCCUCUUCUUUAAAUCUACCUCAUCAAUUAUUUGGGAAUAUUACACCUCAAAAAACUUGGGGUGCUGCUGUUCCAAAAGAAACCACUGAUACCCGUCAUAAAGAAUUGUUGCCGAGGUCUUCGUUUGUUGAAACCUCCCCUUUGUUUGAAACCAUGAACAUAUCUGCGGAGGAGCCUCAGCUUGUGCAGAAAUCUGUCCCUGAUUCUGAAUUGCAUGAUCCUAGAACUCUGGAGCAGACAUCAGAUGACACUUUAAGGGCCGACAGAAAUGCUGCGGCUGUGACCACUGAACAUAUUGCAGUAUCCAUACCUCCUAAAAGUGCGGUUGCUGUGUCAUCAGCAGGAAUUUGUGAGAGUGAAGUGCCUGCGCUUGAGCAUACCAAUGAUGCAAAGGUUCAGUCCACUGGUUUGCUUGAAGAACAUCAAGAGCCCUCUAUGGUGACAGAAGUUAAGAAUGUUGAAGUGCGUGAGCCAAGAAAAGCUUCUGAGAAGAAGUCUAAGAAGCAAAAGUCUUCCAAGUUGCACUCCUCUUCUGACCAGGUAAAGGAAGGACCUAAGGCUUCGCUUCUGCAGUUAAAGCAAUCUGAAAUUAAUAAGCAGAGUGUCGAGACAGACCUUGAUGCUGGAGAUGCACUAUAUGGAACAUCUCCGCAGAGGACAAGGGACGCGAAAGUUGAAAUUGUUACUAUAGAAAGUGUGGGAUUCCAGCAAGGACAAAGCUUUAUGCCUGCAAGAGUUUUGGCAGAUGAGAGCAGAACUGUUGAAGUCAAGAGUGAAUCGGGAGUACUUGGGUCUGCCUCAGUGCAGAAUACCCAGACACAUACUGGACAACGAGCUUGGAAGCCUGCUCCUGGUUUCAAGCCUAAGUCAUUGUUGGAAAUUCAACAGGAAGAACAAAGGAAGGCACAUACAGAAAUGGCGGUAUCUGAGAUCACAACUUCUGUAAACUCCAUGACUUUGUCAACUCCUUGGGCUGGAGUUGUGGCCAAUCCGGACUCAAAAAUAUCUAGAGAAUCUCACAAAGAUGCAGGGAAUACUGAGUUAGGUCUAGGGCAAUCUGUAGGCUCUGUGAAUCAAAAGAACAAGAAGAGCCAUUUACAUGAUAUAUUGGCAGAAGAAGUUUUGGCGAAGUCUAGUGAAAGAGAUGUAAAUGUUCCUGACAGUGUAUCUAGUCUGGCUACCCCACAAGUUAUGACCACCCAUUUGGAAUCUGUAGAUGAUGAUAACUUUAUUGAGGCUAAAGACACUAAAAAGAGUCGCAAAAAGUCAGCAAAAUCUAAGGGUGCUGGAGCUAAGGCCCCAGUAUUGCUACCUUCUGCUGAUGUUACUGUUGGUUCAAGUUCCAUUGAGAAAGGCAAAAGCUCUCGUCAAACACAGCAGGAGAAGGAACUAUUGUCUGCCAUCCCAUCAGGGCCUUCUCUGGGAGACUUUGUUCUUUGGAAGGGUGAGUCAGCAAACUCUUCCCCAUCCCCUGCAUGGUCUACUGACUCCGGGAAGCCUACUAAACCUACAUCUUUAAGGGACAUCCAAAAGGAGCAGGAGAAAAGAGCCUCUUCUACCCAUGCUGCAAAUCAGAUCUCAACUCCACAAAAAUCCCAGCCAUCUCUGUCUGCCCGCAACAGUGCUCCGUUAUGGUCUCUUUCUGCUGCUUCUCCUGCGAAAGCUGCAUCUCCAAUCCAAAUCAAUUCCCAUGCUUCUCAGUCAAAAUAUAAAGGAGAUGAUGACCUAUUUUGGGGUCCAAUUGAUCAAUCAAAGCAAGAAACUAAGCAGGUGGAUUUCCCUCAUCUUGCAAGCCAGGGAAAUAGGGUAAUGAAAAGUACUCCUGUCAAAGGAACUUCAGCUGGAUCGUUAAGCCGACAAAAAUCAGUUGGUGGCAAACCUGCUGAACAAUCUCUUUCAUCCUCACCUGCCACUGCCCAGGCUUACCUAAAAGGGAAAAGAGAUGCCAUGACCAAUCAUUCAGAGGCCAUGGAUUUCAGAGAUUGGUGCGAGAGUGAGUGUCUCAGGCUUAUUGGGACAAAUGAUACGAGUGUCCUUGAAUUUUGCUUGAAGCAGUCCAGAUCAGAGGCUGAGAUGCUUCUGGUUGAGAACCUUGGAUCAUAUGAUCCUGAUCAUGAGUUCAUUGACAAAUUCCUCAACUACAAGGAAUUAUUACCAGCGGAUGUCCUUGAAAUUGCAUUUCAAAGUCAGAAUGAUCAGGUCACUGGAUUCAGUACCAGAGAUGUGAGUUCGGGCAAUGCAGGCGUUGGGGACAUUGAUCGAGAUACCAAAAUGGGACCUGAUGGGUCCAUGAAAGGGGGAGGAAAAAAGAAGGGGAAGAAAGGAAAGAAGGUUAGCCCUGCUGUUUUGGGAUUUAAUGUUGUUAGCAACCGGAUCAUGAUGGGUGAGAUUCAGGGUGCUGAAGAUUAGGAGUGGUUCUCAAUCUAGAGCCAAUUGUAAAUACGUUUUGACUUUUAACUGUUUGUAAAUGGUUUUUUGACACUAGGAUUUUUGUUUCCCUUCAUAGAGCAACUGGGCAGAACUGUUGAUAUCUGCUCAAGCAGUUGUCAAGUCCGAAGUAGGGUACUUUGUUUUAUCUGUUUUUUUGGUUACACAAAACCUGAGCAAGGUAUAUUUUUAAAUCAAGUUUACCUUAAUUCAUGCGCUUUAUUUCCUCA